AUGCCUUUAAUAAUUCUCACCGGCUACCCCACGUCUGGGAAAACGCAUCGUGCCCGCCAAAUCCACACAUACAUCAAAGAGCGCAUAUCCUCUCUCCCUGAGAGCCACCCCGCGUCCACGCAGCGCGUGCACCUCGUAUCCGACCACACACUGUCGAUCCCCCGGGAAGUCUACAAUCUAGAGUCGAAAGAUCAACACGAGCGGUCUAACAAUGCUUCGGAAAAAGAUGCGCGUGCGACGAUCUACGGGGCUGUCAAGCGGCUGCUAAGCAAUAGGGAUAUUGUGAUCCUAGAUGGGGCGAAUUAUAUCAAAGGAUGGCGGUACCAGCUUUAUUGCGAGGCUAAGGCCGUUAGGACAACGCAUUGUGUGGUUCAUGUUGGGACGCCGGUGUCGCAGGCGAGGGGCGUUAAUGAUGAGAGGUUGGCAGCGGCCAAGACGGCUUCUUCAAGUGGUGAGGAUGAUACGCGGAGUGAGGAGGAAUUGCCAUAUGAGAGUGGGUGCUGGGAGAAUUUGGUAUUUAGGUAUGAGGAGCCGAAUGCGAUGGCCAGGUGGGAUAGUCCAUUAUUUACGGUUCUGUGGGAUGAUCCAACCCCGCCUUGCGAUGCCAUCUGGGACGAGCUUGUUGGGUCCGAUGCCGAGGGCGGGAAGAAGGUCGUGAAGCCGAACCAGGCGACUGUUUUGAAGGCGCCUAGUAGUGAGGAUUAUCUCUAUGAGUUGGAUCGGAGUACGCAGGGGAUUCUGAAUAAGAUUCUGGAGUGGGCGAAAGAUCACCCAGGAGAAGGUGGCGGAGAAGUUGGCGUGGGAGAGGGUGGUGGCGAGGAGUUGAUUGUUGAAUUGCCUGCUAAUCCGGUGGGCUUGCCGGCCCUGCAGCGGAUUAGGAGGCAAUUCAUAAGUCUUAACAGGACAAAUGCUGUGCCUGUGAAGCGGAUCAGUGAGAGCUUUGUGGUAUAUCUGAAUGAUUCAUUUGAGACUUUAUAG